UUAGAGCCGCCAAUUAAAAGGUUUCAAGAAUUCCGAGUCAACGGUAAAUAAGAGCAGACCUUUAAUAAAAUAUGAUGCACUUGCCUCAAGCUCCCAUCUAUAUAACAGCUUGACUAAAAAUCUGUUUGUGGGAAGUUCUCUUAGAGCUGCCAUGGAAAGAACUCAAGAAAUCUAUGUCAAUGCUCAGCAGAAUAUAGAAGCAAACCUGACUGAUCAGGAGGAAACAUAUACCCCCAUGGAAAUUGAAUCAUCGUCAGUACCUCAACAGAAGAACUAUAAGAGGUGGAUUCGAAUCUCCAUUUAUGUAUUCUUUGUCCUCUCCUGCCAAACACUUUCUACAAUUCUGGGAAGAUUGUACUACGAAAUUGGUGGGAAGAGCACAUGGAUGGGAACACUUGUCCAACUAAUCGGCUUCCCUGUUCUGUUCCUCUUCCGCUUCUUUUCCCAAAUCAAAACCCCUAAAGCAACAGAUACUACUACUACAAGUUUCAGACAGUUUCCUUCCUCCAUCACCCUUGGAUCAGUUUACAUUGUCACUGGUCUGUUAGUGUCUGCUAAUUCUUAUAUGUCCUCACUCGGGUUGCUUUACUUACCGGUUUCUACUUUCUCCCUAAUCUUGGCCUCACAACUAGCCUUCACUGCCUUCUUCUCGUAUUUCCUAAACUCACAAAAGUUCACACCUUUCAUCGUGAACUCUUUGUUUCUCCUUACUAUUUCCUCAGCCCUCCUUGUGGUCAACACUGAGUCGCAAAGCACAACAAAUGUUUCUAGAGCUAAAUAUGUGAUUGGGAUCAUAUGUACCAUUGGUGCUUCUGCUGGGAUUGGACUGCUUCUAUCUCUGGUACAGCUCAUCCUCAGGAAGGUUUUAAAGAAGCAUACAUUCUCAACGGUCAUGGACUUGGUCGCCUACCAAUCUCUAGUUGCAAGCUGUGUGGUUCUCAUAGGACUAUUUGCAAGCAGGGAGUGGAGAACUUUGACAAGUGAGAUGGAAAACUAUAAACUCGGGAAAGCGCCAUAUGUUAUGACUUUGGCCUCCAUAGCUAUUUCCUGGCAAGUCUAUACCAUUGGUGUUGUGGGAUUGAUCUUCGAGUCUUCUUCUGUGUUUUCUAAUUCCAUAACUGCUGUGGGAUCGCCUAUAGUUCCAGUUGUAGCAGUGAUAGUUUUCCACGAUAAAAUGAACUCGUCAAAGAUCUUCUCCAUCAUUUUAGCUAUAUGGGGAUUCAUUUCAUUCGUUUAUCAGCACUACCUCGAUGCAAAGAAGUUGAAGACUAGCCAGACAAAUCCUGUAGGAGGUCCUCGUCUACCUGUUGAGGAAGGUCACACAAACACACAAAGCGUAUGAUCACGCAUAUAUAUCCUGUAUAAAGCUCAUGUAACUCUAUUUGGCCAACUAGUCCGUUUUAACUAACUGAUAAAGUUUGUGCAUUUCAGAUUUUAUAGCUUUUAUCCGAUAUAGAACUGUGUAGCAGAUGACCAUGUCAAUUUAGUGACAUU